CUUCCUCAGACAUCGUAUUUGAACUCGUCUCAGCGAAAGUGAUAAACUGCCCGGAUGUCGUCUACAAAAGGGUCAAAGGUUAUAAUGGCGGCGCCCAUGUUAUUUUCUGUGACAGUGUAAAAAUGGAUUUUGAAGAUUUUAAGAAUGAUUGGCAUUAGAUAAAGCAAACACAUUCCUCUCCAUCAAAAUGAGAAUGCCAGAUGAUGGUCCUCCAUCCAAAAAGUUUAAAUACACUCUGCAACAUAAAAGUAAUGGUAACCAUGUUUCAGAUAAACUUCAGCAGGAGAGAAGAAACCUCCCUAUUUACCCAGCCAGGGGCAAAAUAAUUAACCAGAUACAACGACUGGACACUGCCAUAUUGAUAGGGGAAACAGGAAGUGGUAAAACCACUCAGAUCCCACAGUAUCUUCUGGAGGCCAAUGUCAAUAAGAAUGCCAUCAUAGCUGUAACACAGCCUAGGCGAGUGGCUGCCAUUACAAUAUCCCAGAGAGUGGCUGAGGAACAAGGGACAGAACUUGGACAAAAGGUCGGGUACUGUGUCAGAUUUGAGGAUGUCACCUCGGAGAACACAAAGAUCAAGUACAUGACAGACGGAAUGUUACUAAGGGAGGCAAUCCUGGACCCCCUGAUGAAGAGGUAUUCGAUUGUGAUACUUGAUGAGGCCCACGAGAGGACGAUACAUACAGACGUGUUGUUUGGGGUGGUGAAACAGGCACAGUCCCGGAGGAAGGCUAAAGGAAUCCGACCACUCAAAAUACUUGUGAUGUCCGCCACCAUGGAUGUGGAUCACUUCUCGGCCUACUUCAACGCUGCCCCCGUGCUCUACCUGGAGGGAAGGCAGUACCCCGUACAGGUGUUCUAUGCCCCAGAGCCUCAGUCAGACUAUACCUUCUCUUCCAUAGUAACUUUGUUCCAGAUCCACAGAGUUGAGCCUCCAAAUAAGGAUGUGCUGAUGUUUCUGACGGGACAGGAGGAGAUUGAGUCAGCCGUCAAAACUAUAAGGGACAUAACUCGCUCCACAGAAGAAAACAUGGCUCCCUUAAUUGUCUGCCCUUUAUAUGCAGCACUUCCCUCACAUGCUCAGCUCAAAGUCUUCAAACCUACUCCCAGGGGUUGUAGAAAGGUAAUUGUAGCCACCAAUAUUGCUGAAACCUCAGUUACCAUACAGGGCAUAAAGUUUGUCAUAGACUCGGGAGUUGUGAAAGCAAAAGUUUUCAACCCCAACAGUGGCCUUGACCUUCUGAAGGUUGUCCGAGUGUCCAAGGCCCAGGCCUUACAGCGAACGGGGAGAGCGGGGCGAGAGUCUGCGGGUUCGUGUUAUAGACUGUACACAGAACAGGAGUUUGAACAGUUCAGUGACAGUACGGUCCCUGAAAUACAGAGGUGUAACCUGUCUAGUGUGGUAUUACAACUGCUGGCCUUAGGAAUCUCAGACAUUGUCAAUUUUGAUUUCAUGGACAAACCUUCCACUGAGUCCAUCAUAGCUGCUGUUCAUCAACUUCAUAAUCUGGGAGCUGUUGUCAAGGAAACCUCAAUGAAGUUAACUCCAGUCGGCCGCAAGAUGGCAGCAUUUCCCCUUGAGCCCAGACUUGGGAAGACACUGCUGAUAGCCAAGGAACAUAACUGUCUAGAGGAGAUACUGACCAUUGUGUCUCUACUGUCUGUGGACUCUGUCCUUGUCACACCCCAAAGCAAGAGGGAGGAGGCGCUGGCGGCCCGCCAGAAGUUUGUGUCCAGUGAGGGGGACCAUGUGAUGCUGCUCAACAUUUACAAGGCCUACAAAUCCGUCAAGGGAAACAGGGAAUGGUGUAUGGAGAAUUUCAUUAACCAGAGAAACAUGAAGACGGCUACUGAGGUCCGGAAACAGCUUCAUGAUAUCUGUGUCCGGAUGGAUUUCCCAAUCAAGUCCUGUGGGAACGAUUCCACAACCAUCAGAAAAUGUUUGGCAUAUGGAUUUUUCAUGAAUGCAGCUGAAUUACAAAAAGAUGGAUCUGAAUACACAUCAUUAUCGUCCAGAAAGACUGUAUCUAUUCAUCCCUCAUCUGUUUUGUUUCGAUGUAAACCUGCGUAUGUCAUUUACAACGAACUUGUCAAGACAACAAAGUGUUAUAUGAGAGACCUUUGUGUUGUUGAUCCUGAUUGGCUAUUUGAGGCAGCUCCUGCGUACUUCAAAAAGAAGAAACCAGGAACAUGAUAUUGCUUAUGUUGAAUAUUAAAAAUUAAAAUUAAAAGUUUUA